GGACAAUAAAUACUGGCCAAGAAGCGAUGCCCACAUCCCAAAAAUGAAUAAAAAAGUGUUCGUUUUGCUUGACUCUGGUGUAGUAAAAAUUCUCUCUUCCACAAAGCAUUGUGGCUGCGAUUGCGCCAGUGAAUAACUGGUAUUCGGACUCAUCAAAAGUUAUGCAACACAAGCUGAACGGCGUUUUGAGAAAGAGGGGAAAGUUGUCUUUAAAGCAACUUGAAGCACGUGGUCAGCAAAAGUAUCAAAAUUCCAUGUUACAAUUUCAUCCCCUGCGCGCAUGCGCAUCCAAACAACCAGGCGACUACUUGUGCAAGGCUUUUGUAUUUGCAUUGGAGAAGUUGCUGUGGUUGACAGAUUUUGAUGAGAAACUUUAUUUAUUAACGUUGUCUUUUGCUUCUGUAGACUCGAAGAGCUUGUACUUGCAUGACUUGUGAGUUGCGGUCGUCCAGGAGAGUCCUCUUUUUGUGAGGAUGAACGUGCAAGAUUAUGAUGAGUUAACUGCCUUCCUGGGAGCAUGGGGUCCCUUCCAGAAAACGAUAUUCUUUUUGCUGAGUGUCAUCAACAUCCCGAACGGCUACACUGGUCUCUCUAUGGUGUUUGUGGGAGACACCCCGCAGCACCAUUGCCGCCUGCCCGACUCUCCAAAUACCACCAUCGAAGGAAAUAACUCGUCACUGAACCUGAGUCUACGGAUCCCUAUUGAAGAAAGGGACGGUGAGCAAGUGUACAGUAGGUGUAGCAAGUUCAAAUCUCUUGAAGGAGACCGCUCCAGUGAGACAGCCCGUGAAAUAGAGCCAUGUGUUGACGGCUGGGUGUACAGCACAGAUAGAUACAUCUCUACAAUUGUCAGUGAGUGGAAUCUUGUUUGUGAUAAUAAAUGGAAAAGACCAUUUACAGCAUCAGUAUUUUUCUUGGGCAUGCUGUGUGGAUCAUUCAUCUCUGGACAAAUUUCAGACAGGUACGGGCGAAAACUCAUUCUGUUUGUAUCCAUGACUGUGCACACUGGCUCUGUCCUUCUCCUCGUGACCUCUCAGAGCUGGGAGAUGUUUGCUACCUUAUUCUUCAUUGUUGGCCUGGCCCAAAUUGCACGGUAUAUAGUGAUGUUCAUUUUAGGAAGUGAACUUCUUGGUAAAGCUGAAAGAAUUGCUUUUGGAACCAUUGGAGUCUGCCUAUUUUAUGCAGUGGGUUAUGUGGUUCUACCGAUUUUUGCAUAUUUUAUUCGGGACUGGCGGAUGUUAUUGGUGGCCUUGUCGCUUCCUCAAAUCCUUUAUGUUCCUCUCUGGUGGUUUAUACCAGAAUCUCCAAGAUGGCUGCUGUCUCAGGGUCGAGUGGAAGAAGCAAUAGUGAUCUUAAAAGCCGCUGCUAAAAGAAAUGGCAUUACGACGACUGCAGGGACGUUUGAGAAUAUAGGAUAUCGAGAAUCAAUUCUGCCAAAUGAAAAUACACAUGCAGUCACUUACUUGGAUUUGGUUCGGACUUCCAAUAUCAGAAACAUCACGAUAUUUGCAGUCUUUGUAUGGAUGAUUUCUUCAGUGGGUUACUUUGGCUUAUCCUUCAACAUGUCCAAUAUGCAUGGAGACCUGUAUAUCAACUGCUUUAUCUCUGCAGUGAUUGAAAUACCAUCCUAUGUAAUAGCAUGGAUAUUGCUGCGUGUGUCACCUCGUCGGAUCUCCCUUGCUUGCAUUGUGGUGUGUAGUGGAAUUAUGCUGCUGUUGAUCCAGAUUGUACCUUCGAGUUACUAUGUGCUUAUUAUGACAAUGGCAAUGGUUGGUAAAUUCGGAUAUGCAGCAGCGUUCUCUAUGAUCUACGUUUUCUCAACUGAACUGUACCCAACUGUAGUGAGGAAUAUGGGUGUUGCAGCUUGUUCCAUGGCAGCUAUGAUUUCCACCAUAAUAUCCCCAUAUUUUGCUUAUCUGGGGAUGCAUAAUAAAGUCUUGCCAUUCAUCUUAAUGGGAAGUUUAUCGAUAAUGGCUGGAAUGUUCUGCUUGGUGCUGCCUGAAACAUAUGGCCAACCUUUUCCACAGGCUAUUGAUCAAGUGCAACCAGUUAUCUGUUGUACGGCAUCAAGGGAAGAUGAUGUCACAGAAGCAGAAAAGGAUAAAAAUGCUGAAAACGAGCAAACCUUGAACUGCCAAGUGGAAUCUGACUUUUGAUUUUGUAAAAUUUGGAUUUCUUGCUCGGAAUAAAUGUCAAUAAAAUGGAAGGAUUUUAAUCAUA